AUGAAACUUGUCCAGGAGGUGCCGCCGCCGCAACAGGAAGGGCAGUCAGAGCUCUAUAUUGUCGCUACGCAAUUCCUGAAUGAUCUGCAUAUGAAGGGACCUCUCACCCUACAGAUUAUUCAAGCCGGUCUGCUGCUCUCCAUCUAUGAACUAGGCCAUGCGAUAUUCCCCUCAGCCUUAAUGACAAUCGGUCACUGCGCGAGGGGCGGCAUUGCUAUGGGCUUGCACAACAGUACAUACUUCACUGAUUUGGAUGCAAGCCGAUCAUAUCUUCUCUCCGCCCUCUGUUAUGACGGGUUGGUAACGGUUGACCGCGAACUAGCCGCCGAGGGAAAGAAGGGCAUGCUGGCUGCUAUUAUCGGGUCAGUCACCACUAGCUUCAAGAGAGAGAUGUGGUCCAGGAUUCUUACGUGGGAUCGAAAAUGGCUCUAUAUUGUGACCCAUUUCGUCCAGAAAGGUUCAGCGAAACCGGCAGGCUAUCUAGCCGCCAAAUCCACGCGCCUUGACUCGAAGAGCUCGAUCGGAGAAUCCAAAUGCAGCUCUAGCCAGCCGGUUAUUUUUGCUACGUCAAUUUCCAAAUAUGUGUUCAAGAAAGGGAGAUUCGCCAUCCCUCCGGAACGACUUUUGAGGGCCUCCGGCCUUCUGAGACAGGAUCAGAAGGGAGAAGAAAAAGGCGUGGCUCGGCCUACCGAUUUUCAGGAGCACACAAGUGACUCGGGUGUUCCUGAUGAUAUUGAGUCGGAACGCCUCAAGGGUAUGAUAUACGCUGAAUCCUGGAACCAACUGGACUCCCUCCACGAUGAACUACUCAAGAAAGAUGAGUCAAUCAACGGCGUGCUAGCUAUAAAUCAUGUUGGAGAUAUCACGCUCCCAUGGAAACGAUUUCCAACUGCCUAG